UUCUUUUGGGUGAGACGUGUAUUUUGCUCUGUUAUUUUGGUUCUUGCCUCUUGCCUCUUGCCUCUUGCAGUCGUCCAAAAGUCGAACAAACAGAGCAGGGAUUCGAAAAUUCCCGCAAUUUCGUUAAGGAUCGACGCAAAACAAAAAACGAAACCAGAUUUGUUCAUCGCAGAACAAUCCCAGCAACGGCAAUGGGUGCCUCAACAUCCACGGACCACAAUUCUUCGAUCGAACAACGCGAGGCUGAAUCCUUAGCCGCUUCUUCGGGAGCUCUUCAUCUGCUUCAGAAAUCCUUCUCCGUCCUCGCCGAUCCCCAUUCCGUUGCAAUUCCCCUCGAAUCUCUCAAGAAAUGCUUCAGUUUAACUUACAAGAACCCGAUUUGCGAAGCGCCGUCUAUGCCUGAUGCGUUUCUAAGGCUUUUGGAUCAUUUUGGUUCGUCAAUGGCGGACCUCUUCUUCGCGGCUGGGAAAGGGGGAGUGAGCUGGGUAGAUUUCGCGAGAGGCUAUAACAAGUGCUGCGGAAGGAUGCCUUCGUCUGUGUCGCUCAUUACGUUGCUGAGAUUAUUUGCUGUUACUAUGAAGAAAGCUGGUCUUUCUUUGAACUUGGAAUUCGAAUGUGAUGAUGAUUCUGAUUGUAAGAUAAGCGGGUUCCUUCUUCCCACUGAUGUGCUUAUGCUUCUUUGGCUGUGUUGGACCUUGUUAUGGGAUUUUGAAAGCGAGAAAUUUUCGAAAAGGAGAGCAAAUUUAUGCCUUCCGGAUGUGAAUCAUCUUGUAAUGUCGGCUGUAACAUCAUGUGGUGAACUUGGUAACGGUGUGAAUGCGUGGGAUUGCAACGUCUCAGGGUUGGAAGUAAAACUUCCUGUUGGGACGUUUCUUACUUGGGCCUUGCAAACUUUGCCACGCCUCUCAGAUUGCUUUUCUCAAUACGCCCAUUCAAGAAUCCAGAGGUGUGCCUCUGCCACUGAAGAGGGUAAUGUGGGUUCCGUAUGCCCAGGAGAAGGAGAUAUUUCCUCAGCCCAUGCGUGCAGUUCUUAUCUUUUGACCCGUGGAAAUGCAUGGGCCGUUUCCCUUACCAUGAGAAGCACGAUAAGUGAAGAACUAUCAAGAGUAUGCUUUUCUAGCAACACUGAUGGAGCAGAUGAAAACCUUCUUUACAGGUCAUCUCUUCACGGAAGAGGGUUGAACCGGCUCUGGUCUAAUGUUGAGGGUUAUCAAGGUCCUUUGCUUAUGUUGAUAUCUGCAACAUCUCAAGCUGGUCAUGAGGGUAGUACCAUUGAAAGCAAAUGGGUAAUAGGUGCACUUACUCACCAAGGUUUUGAAAACAAGGAUGUGUUUUAUGGAAAUUUAGGAAAUCUAUAUGCGAUAUGUCCAGUCUUUCAUGCGUACUCACCUACCGGAAAAGAGAAGAACUUUGUUUAUAGCCACUUGCAUCCUACUGGUAGAUUAUAUGAAGCACACCCAAAGCCUGCGGGCAUUGCGUUUGGAGGAACUAUGGGAAACGAGAGAGUGUUUGUUGAAGAAGAUUUUGCUAAACUUACCGUUCGCCAUCAUGCAGUUGACAAAACUUACCAAUCUGGUUUCCUCUUCCCGGAUCAGGGGUUUUUACCAGUUGAAGCUUUGAUAUUGGAAGUGGAAGUUUGGGGACUUGGUGGGAGAGGAGCCAAGGAACUGCAAGAUAAGUUCAAGAAGCGAGAAGAGCUUUUCACUGAGCAGAGACGAAAGGUUGACUUGAAAACGUUUGCAAAUUGGGAGGAUUCACCUGAGAAAAUGAUGAUGGACAUGAUGUCUGAUCCCAAUGCAGUUAGGCGAGAAGAUCGGUAAGUGAGAAAUUGUACAGUUUACAGCUUAGAUCAGUUCCUUGUGUUUAGGGGCAGGUCAAGUGAUAAUUAACGAACAAAAUGACUUCUCUAGUUGUGUUGUGCCUGUGUUCCGUUUUCUUCUUUGUGACAAGACAACGGCGAAUGAGCUGAUCUCUCUUGGUCGUUGUGUAAUAUUGUAUAGGCAAACUGAGAAAGAUGUGUGUACUACGUAUUGUACAUGAAUAUAACUAUGUGUCUACAAAUAUCAAAGUAUGAACUCAC